AUGCAAGGGUGCGCUACACUUCCUAUGCCCGGGUGUAGUGGAAAAUAUGCAAGGGUUGCUAGGCCGUCGCCCGGAAGCGGCGCGCCACCCGAUGGUGGUGUUAACUAUCCAAGGUUUCAUGGUAAGGGCAGGGGUAAGGGUAAGGGUAGUAGGAUGCGGUUUGGGACUUGGAACAUUGGCUCUUUGACAGGGAGAUUAGUCGAAGUAGUAGAGGUUAUGAGAAGGAGGAGAAUUAACAUAUUAUGUUUGCAGGAGACUAAAUGGGUUGGAAACAAGGCAAAAGAGAUAGCUCCAUGGGGUUAUAAGCUUUGGUAUUCGGGAAAAACUAGGGGUAGGAAUGGGGUAGGUAUCCUUAUUGACAGAGAUUAUAUUGAUGAUGUAGUGGACGUGUCCCGAAAGAAUGAUCGAAUUAUGAGUAUUAAGCUUGGGAUAGGGGAUGAAGUUGUAACUAUUGUGAGUGCCUAUGCACCACAAGUAGGACUAGAUGCGUCAACUAGACAAGAAUUAUGGGAGGAUUUAGAAGAAGUGGUGCAACGUGCAGUGUCCCUAGAAGUGAGAAACUAA